AUGCCUCCCCCACCUCAAGUGCGGCCUCACCCCGCGGAGCCGAUCCUAGCUUCUUCACUCAUUGACGAAGAGCUUCUUGACCAUGUCCUUGAUAGAGCGCUGCUGGGGCAUGGAUUUGGUAGAUCGCCCGCAAAUGCAAGCUGCGGAAGAAUUACUACUGGUGUGAAGAGUGUGGAUGAUGUGCUCGGUGGCGGGGUGGAAAGUGGAUGUGUACUUGGGGUUUCUGGGGGUCUAGGAAGGGGCGGGGAAAGUGAGCUCUGCCUCGCACUCCUAGUAUCCUCCCUCCUAUCUCCACCAUCCCCACCAUCCCCACCAUCAUACCCUACAGCAGCCAGCAUCACCACUCCUCCAUCAACAGUACCUGCAGCAGCAAUCAUCGACACCACAGGCAAUGUCGACGUCCUGCGCAUCUACAGCCUCAUCCUCCACCGUCUUCGAAAUCAGCCAGAUGUGCGUCAGGUAUGCCAAGAUUCUAUUCCCGGCGCGAAGACGCUUAGUCUUGAAGAUUUGGCGGCGAGGGUGCUGGACAAGGUGAAGAUUAUGCGAGUUUUUGAUUUGACUGGGGUGAUGGAGGCGAUUACCGAGAUUGGGGAUGGGUUAGAGGGUGUUAAAAACAGUGGCGGAGAAGACCAGAGGGAGGCUGUUGUCAAAAAAGAAGGAACAGUAUUCGAAGAAGUGGUUCCGGGCCGACAAGAGAUGUCCAAGCGCUUUGGCGAGCGAAGGACUAUGGUGGCGGACAGUGAAGAUGAGGACGAGGAGAUGCUGUUUGAUGCUGAAGAAACGGACGACGUUGAUCCGCAUAUCUCCGUUGUUGAGAACGAAACGCAGGCGAAAUACGUACCGGACACUCUAGCACCGCUCCCUCCAUCAAAACUCGAAAGGUCAAACGACACGGAGACAAGCCCGCCUCCUGUGCCAAGGGCUUCCUUCAUCCUGGUCGAUAACCUCGCCCACGUCAUUGCCCCUCUUCUACGAAAGGACUAUACCCAAGCGCACAUCCUCUCCCACGCCAUCCUCCGCUCCCUCUCUACCCUCACCAAAACCCACUCGUUGCACACCCUCCUCCUAAACCCGACAUCUGUCCCUUACUCUCCCAAACCGCGCCUCGAAGCUACCACUCCGGAACCAAACCAACCCCAACACCAGCGCCCUCGCCAACCUCCCCCUCCCCCAGCGUCCAUCUUCUCCUCCAACAUCGCCAUCCCUGCUCUCGCAAACAUCCUUUCGCCGUGCCUGGAUAUGCAUCUCCUGGUGUCGAGAAUGCCGAAACGCAAAGUGGAUGCGAGAAAACUAGCUGCCAUAGGCGAAGUUGAUGUCAUAGGGAUGGGAGAGAAGGAAAGACGGCUUGGAGUACAUAUGGCAUGGGUGGUGGAAGUUCUGAUGGAUCGGUGGGAAGGGAGGGAGGGUGAUUGGGGUGGGUUUGAUAUCGCGGACGGUGGGGUGGUCGAGCUCUGA